CCAUUUAUAUAUCGAAUAGGAACCCAUAUUAUGUUGUAGAAACCUUAAAACAUUUCACCUAAUCUGCAAAUUCCGACAUAUGAAAAUGGAGGGCACGGUGAAAUGCUCAGCAAAUUAUGUGCCACUGAGUCCUAUAAGUUUCUUGGAAAGAUCAGCAAUGGUGUAUAGUGAUAGGCUCUCAAUUAUUCACGGUAAUAUCAAGUUUACGUGGAGAGAAACCCGUGAUAGGUGUCUCCGAAUUGCUUCUGCUCUUACCCACCUCGGAAUUUCUCGUGGCCACGUCGUUGCAGCGUUGGCUCCAAAUAUUCCUGCAAUGUAUGAGCUACAUUUUGGAGUACCAAUGGCCGGGGCAGUUCUUUGUGCACUUAAUACUCGUCAUGAUUCAGCAAUGGUCUCUGUGUUACUUAGACAUUCAGAUGCCAAAAUCAUAUUUGUAGAUUACCUGUUGCUCGAUAUUGCUAAGGGUGCAUUAGAAAUUCUGUCAAAGACAAGUGUCAUGUUGCCCCAUCUAAUUCUGAUCUCUGAUAGAGAGAGUCAGUUAUCCAGUAAUAACAAGAGGAGCUUGGCUCCAGAAAUUCUGGAGUAUGAGUCCUUUUUAGCUACUGGAGAACCUAAUUUUGAGAUAGUAUGGCCAAAUGAUGAAUGUGAUGCUAUUGCUCUCAAUUAUACCUCAGGGACAACAUCGAGACCAAAAGGGGUCCUCUAUAGUCACAGAGGGGCAUAUCUUAACUCUCUGGCUGCAGUUAUUCUCGCUGAAAUGACUUCGAUGCCUGUCUACUUAUGGACCCUUCCAAUGUUUCAUUGCAAUGGAUGGUGUCUUACCUGGGCUGUGGCAGCACAGGGUGGCACGAACAUUUGCUUGAGAAGUGUCACCGAAGAAGGGAUUUUCGAUAGCAUAGUUCAGCACGAAGUGACUAACAUGGCUGGUGCACCUACGGUUUUGAACAUGAUAAUAAAUGCACCACGAAGUGUCCAAAGACCACUCCCAAGGACAGUAAAUGUUAUGACAGGUGGUGCACCACCUCCACCUCAAGUUCUACUUAAGAUGAAGGAGCUUGGUUUCAAUGUAACUCACGGAUAUGGUCUAACAGAAACCUAUGGUCCAGCAACUGUUUGUGCUUGGAAACCAGAGUGGAACUCUCUGUCACCUUAUGAGCAGGCUAAGAUUCAGGCGCGUCAAGGAGUGAACCAUCUUGGCUUGGAGGAAAUAGACGUAAAGGAUCCUGAAUCAAUGAAGAGUGUACCCUCUGAUGCAAAUACAAUGGGCGAGGUAAUGAUUAGAGGAAACACUGUGAUGAAUGGUUACUUAAAGGAUCUCAAAGCCACAGAAGAUUCUUUUAGAGGGGGUUGGUUUCGAAGUGGGGACUUGGCUGUGAAGCAUCCUGAUGGUUACAUAGAAUUAAAGGAUCGUUCGAAGGACAUCAUUAUAUCUGGUGGAGAAAACAUUAGUACAAUCGAAGUGGAGUCUGUAAUCUUUAGUCAUCCAGCUGUUCUUGAAGCUGCUGUAGUGGGAAGACCAGAUGAUCACUGGGGUGAGACACCCUGUGCGUUUGUUAAACUGAAAGAUGAAUGCAAUGCCAGUGCUAAUGAGAUCAUCAAGCAUUGCCGUGAUCGUUUGCCGCAUUACAUGGCUCCUAGGACUGUAAUUUUUGAUGAUUUGCCAAAAACUUCAACAGGAAAGACUCAAAAAUUUGUUCUGAGACAGAGAGUCAAAGCCAUGGGAAGUGUUCAGAAAGCUAGCAAACUAUAAUGAAUUGUGGUGUUGAUAUGGGACUGACUUAGUGGAAGUUUUAUUGUUCUAGACGUAAGUUUGAUCAUAUUGCAUAAAUACGAUUUGUGCAACCAAACCAAUAAAGGGUGCCCAAAUACAUAUUUCAUUGUUGCGUGUUAAUUAUUCGGAAGUAAGAAAUGUGACGAAAUCCAAAAAAAUGGUUACACCAAAAUCGCACUUAAUUAGUCGUAUAGAUAUAUGUUUCUCAUCAA